GGGAGCCGAGUGGCGGCGUACCGAGGCACGGAGGGGGAACGCUUUGAGCGUCGCACCGCGGCGCCGCAUGAUGGCGGCGGUGCCGAAGGUGCUGUGCUCGGCGAGGGGAGUGUUGCUCAGGCAGGUGUCCGCCCUCAGCAGAGCAGCAACAGCCAGAGAAAACCGUCUGUGUGCUGCAGGUGAUGCACUCCUGGGUUGCCACAGAUCCUACAGGUCCCGACCUACACAUGGAAUUGGGAGGUUUAAAUACCUGCUCCCAAAGGAGGUUCCAAAGAGGAAAAAGGAAAAAGUGCAGAUGAAAGAGAUCAGUGAAGGCACUGAGUACCAGUAUGGAGACAUCAACAUCCAGAUGACUUCCUAUGACGUGUGCCUGGUGGAGCAUUUUGCUCAGUAUGUCCACAGACUCUGCAACCGUCUCUCCAUCCGGGUCAAUGAGAGCUAUGCCAUGCCCACCAAAACCAACGAGGUGCUGUUCCUGGAGGAGAGGGGAUCCAAAAUGCAGCUGGAUGCAGUCCUUACCACCCACCAGAGGGUUGUCCAGAUCCGCGGUUUGAGUUCCACGUUUGCUCCCAUACUGCUGGAAAUCAUUCAGAGUAACCAGCCUGAGGGGGUCCAUCUGUUGAUGAAACAGCACACGGAAGCCGAUUUCAAGAGCCGACUGAAGUCUCGACCAGAGCUGGAAGAGCUGCUGGCAGAGAUGUCCUGAGGUGAGGAGCAAUGUGCCAUCCAUGGGCUGUUCCAGCCUCCAGAGGGUGCUUCCAUGAGCUCUGCACUGGUAACUCUGUGACUUUGGGUGGAAUUCCCACUGCUGGCACCAGUUUGUGUCAAUAAAAAUAAUGUGUUUUUA